GGUUCGUUUUAGCUGCACUGCCUGGCUACUCAGCCACCAUCCAGAGCUCUCAGUUGAGGGCCUCUCGGAUCGGCGACAACGGCUGCUCACCGAAUCGUCUCCUUCCGGCCGUAUCUUGCAUGACCAGAUGGGCGAGUUGACGAUAGACCUCCUUGAGCCUCCACUGAUUGAACACGUGACGCCAGUUGAAAGUGCUUGCGGUUCCGAAGUGGGGUGGUGUCAAGCAUGGCAAACCAAGCAAGCAUUGAUGCAGUUUCCUUGGAGAACUGUCAGAAAGGUCAGUGGCCGGCGGACCCUGAUGAAAUGACUCCAUGAACUCAGAUUAGUGUUAGUUGUCCGGAAGAUUGAAAGCUGAAGGACCGAUUUCUGUUUGAUAAGAGGACCAAUUUCUUUGACUAGGAGCAUGGACGCUACUAGGGGCUCCUGGCCUUACUACUACGAGCAUGGACGCUACUAGGGGCUCCUCGAAUCGCUACUAGGAGCCAGGACGCUACUAGGAACAAGUGCCACGCUAGUAGUAACAAGUGCCUUACUAGUAGUAACAAGAAGCUAUUAGAAACAAGUGCCUUACUACUAGGAGCCAGGACGCUACUAGGAACAAGUGCCACGCUAGUAGUAACAAGUGCCUUACUAGUAGUAACAAGAAGCUAUUAGAAACAAGUGCCUUACUACUAGGAGCCAGGACGCUACUUUCCCCUCGUUGCAGUUCCAGAGUUCCGGACGUCGACAAGAUGUUCAGACUGAGUCAGUCGAAGGAGCAAUGGGCUGGGAAGAAGUGUGAGGACUUGUCCGUGCGCGAGAUUUUGGCCACCUUGUUUCGCUGCUGGGAGGAAUUGGAGGCAAGCCGAAGCACAG